AAUCUGAGAAAAGCGGUGCGAGUUCUUCACCUUGAUUUAUGUCGAUCGGCAAGAGAAAAAGAGCGGUACAGUAGUAGACAAUCUCUCUCACGUUGCCACAACGCGCUUCGGCUUUCAUUGCAAGUUAAUCAAUAAAUCAAUAAAAAGUGUUGUCAAGUUGUUUGACACCGAUUGAAUGGGUUGUACCUUGGCAGUAGAAAAACAAGUAGAGAACAGCGGAGCAUCGAUAAACGAAAGCGUAACAACAACGUCCUUAAAGCAUCCUGCCAUGUGCGACACGGACGAUGACAACACGGACGGUGCACGCCCGCUCCGUCCUCCUCCCCGCCCGGUGAUAGCAGGCAAGAAACAUAUGAGUCUYGCCGGUACCGAUGCCAUAAUUGAUCAAAUGGCGAUCGAAGAUCUCCGCGAAUUGGUGCGACACGUUCUCAAAAUAGCURCCGACCACGAAUACAAAAUGAUUCGAUCGGAAAUGGAUUAUUUUUUUCAGCAGGUCGUUGCCGAAGACAACCGCACCUCCGCUUCGGAGGAGGGAACAAAUGAUACUGUUCUCACGUCUCGAACAGAACUAGCAGCUGAUGUUCCUAUCGCUGCCGCAGGUACUGUCAUCGAAUCGAUUACAGAUGAGGCAACACCGACAACGGCCGGUACUGCUGUAAAACCGGCUGCUGCCAUUCCCACCGCUGACGCAGCUACUACUGUAGAAUCAGAUUCCGAAAAGGAAACACGAGCAGUUACUGAUACUGAUGCCAAACCUCCUACAGAAUGUACCGAGGCCUCAACUACUGCGCUAGAGUYGAUUUCGGAGUAUGCAACAUCCGUAGAGGCAACAAAAGCUGCUCCAGAAAGCACGCCUUCUGCGCAACAAUCUGCUGCUAAUCCUCCCGCUACUACKGAUGAUGCCAAAGAAUCGAUUUCGGAUGAGGCAACAACAGCCGAUACUUCUACCAAGGGACCUACAGAAYUAUCCGCUGCUGUUCCUAUCGCUUCCAAGGCUUCUCCGAUWGAUUCCACCCCUCCUGAUGGAUCUGCCGAUUUGCCGUUGCUUGACGAGGAAACAGCUGCUUUGACKACCGAAUCCGUCGAUCCRCCUCUGCUUCGGAAAUCGAGAUCUCACGACAUAGAUUUCAUCGAAGAGCCAACCGUUGUUCUACGUCCUUUUAGCGAAAAUGAAAACGCCACUAGGGUUGCAACGGAAAAAAUAGAAGAGGAGGUAGAAGUAUCGUCUGAGGCAACCCCCUUGCAAGACAACACGACCCCAUCAAAAUCGAGAUCGUACGAUACAGAUGCCAUCGACGAGCCAACCGCUGGGUUACGUCGAACUCAAAGYCAAGAAGGAAUUGAAUUGGAGGAUGCAASCGAAAAGACAAGGAAAGCAGAAGCAUCAAAGGAAAUGGACUCGUUGGCGGACCAAAUUAGGAACAGCCAAACYAAAAGUAACGCUUCCAGWAAUGUAAUGGCCGGAAKUAACCGCUCGAACCAAGACAAAACGCAACUCAUCGUGUUGUGCAAUCGAAAGCCUGCCACGACAAAAGAAUGUAAGGAUCAAGAYUUGGCCAUGAAAUUAUGCAAGAAAAUCGGGGUCGUCCCUCGCGUCAUCUUGUCAGAAAUUCCUGCRGGAAAAACGAAUUAUAUCUACAACAACCCCGCCGCUACCAGCCAAGAGGAGCGACUAGUGAUCAACUCUAUGAUAGUGGCACUAAAUCAAUGCAGUGAAAGUGCAGUACAGAGCACUGCCGUUUCCUAUUCCUAUCCUCAAUUCUUUGUUCGCUUCAUUUUUGAAGACAAAAACAACAACGCAAGCAAUGAUAUGAGUAGGAGUAGCAGCAACGCAGUCGUGGGAGCUAUUGAAUACAAAGGCGAUUACGAUACGAUGGAAGAACUUCAUCGAGCGGGCAUGCUGACCAAAGAGUCACUAUUCGACGAAAUUCCUCCCGCUUGCAACCCAAUGGACGCUUCAAACGAAACGAAUGAUACAAACAGUGCAUUUAGCGACAGAGAUCGGGAAAGGUUAGAAUUGCUGAUCCGUGAAACAACAGAAUUGACCCGCAAAUUGAAUGGGGAAUCGGGAUCGGGAGUAGAUGGUGGUGGAGAGAACAAAGUUACUGUUAGAGAUGGCCAGAAAACCAAGGAACCAUUAAGACAUACUCAUAUUCGAUUGGCUUCUGUGGGAAAAUCGAACCAACCGCUGCCGUCCACAUCUUCGGAAUUGCCUCUAUCAUCGACAGCUUCUACCYCUACCGCUCGCCCAGGUAUGCGCAAAAGUAURCCACAUCAGGGUGCUAACACAAUAGCCUUACCGUCGGGGGUGACGGUAAAACGGGAGACGGUAACACUCAAACCUCGGCGACAAKCGCUACAAAAGGAACCUUCGGGAGCAAAUUUGACUACAUCUCUGACUCAAGCCCGAGGUUCACUGCAGUCGCCAUCAUCGCGACAACAACCAUCCACAUCUGUUCUUCAACCAGUUGUGGAGCAGCCGAAGAGACGAAUCAUGAAUCCUUACUACGCUUUACAGGAGUACGGCGGUAGCGAAAGAGGCAAAGAAACACAAGGAACACCAUCUCAAGCAGACCAUCAAACCGAGGACUUCUCGGUCGCUCGGCUCCCUGAAGACCCGAUGGAAAUCAAAGAAGAUCCACCAGAGUUAUCAGCACCUUAUGACCAAGUUCUUGAUGAGAGAGAUCGGUCGUGGGAGAAAAGAUUUGUUGGAAAAGCAGCUUGCUACUUGGUCUUCAACACGAGUGAUGACGAGCUCAACAUCCAUUAUAGCGAACGUCCUUUGGCAUGUGCAGUGGGAGUCUGGACUUCCCGUAACAUCGAAGCCUUUAAGACAUCCCAGGGGCUUUCGGAAAGCGAACUAAUCGGAACAUGCGCAUCCAACGUUACCAACGACCAUAAGAACUAUUACCAGGGUUGGUGCCAAUUUGCCAAAGCRGCCAAGAGCAUGGGAGCUACGGUAACCUUGUUGGAAGGGUAUGGUGUUUCUGUCGAUUUGUAUUUAUACGAUGAUAGUGGUCGUACCAUACAGAUCUCGRCCAAAAAUGCUCAAGCCGUUUUUAACACAACAUCCGUAGAUGCUGUAGCCUGCGUUCCAAGAGGUUGUGAUUUCCCGAUGAGUGGCAUCGYCGGGAAAAAAUGGGGGAAAAUUGCCAAAAAACUCGGUGCCGUCGCAGUAUUCAAGUCAUUAAGCAGCAAGAGUUCCAAAAUUAACCGAGGUGACAAUCAAGCACUGGAACAACCCGUCAUCAAAGGUGAAGCAUCCACCCACAUAUCUUCUGUAGAAAGUAAUCAAAACGAAGUUGUACCGGUGGUGCUAGAUGAAGAAAUACCCAGUUCMAGUAUCGACCAUGAGGAUGAAAGUUCUCCGAUUUCAGAACCCAAUGGCGAAGCUGAGCCGGCAACUGAGCUAGCAACUGAGCUUCGAGGAGAACCUGAGGCUGAGCCUGAGCCUCCAGAAAAACUGGAAUUGGAGCCGGAACCUGAGCCUGAGCCUCGAGGAGAAGUUGAGGAACUCGACCCUGCCGCCGAACCGUCGUCAUCAACAGAACUGUCAGAUCCUGAAAGAGGAGCUUGCUAUUUAGUUUACAACCCCGAUUCUUCUGGGCAAAUAGUUGAGCAUUAUAGCAGAACUCCGAUAGAUAAUGCGAUUGGGCGCUGGAUCCCAGGGCCGGGAAAAAAGAUUGCGAACUUCAAAUUUACACGGAAUGUCGGUCGAAACGUCUUGAUAGGAAAUUGUUCCGCUGGUGUCCAGGGACGUAAGAAUUAUAGCUCGGGGUGGUGUCAGUUUGUUCGUUCGGCRAAGCUGAUGGAAGCGGAUAUUAUGCUGUGGGAUCCCAAAGAGGGUCAGAAAGGAUUGAAGGUAGAUAUAUAUCUAUACAAUGGCGAUCCUGACGCGAGCGUUCAGACCAUUCGCCUGAAGCAAGGAAUCCUGUACAAGACCGAUGAUAUAGAUGCAGUCGCGUGUGUGCCAAAAAAUACGCCAUUCUACGAGGACAUUAAGGUUGAUGAUCUCAUGUGGUURCAGGAGGGAAGCAAGCAUGGAUAUUCAACUAGAGUAGGAUGAAACCUGAUGAUGCAUAUGAAGGGCAUGRUUUGUGAAAUAAUGACUUUAUGAGUAAUCUAAGCAACAGAAGUGUUGCRUUCGAUAUUCUUAAAUCAUGAGGCGGUUUGAUGGGCUCUUCCGUAUUAAACACUUUGAUCUYGUAGCAUUACUUGAACACACCAGAGAGGUAUUUGGUACGUACCGGUACGUACGUACUGUUCGUACUCUUAUCAUCUUUUAUUUACAUUCUCAGGGYAAUCGGUACAUCAGGUUCGUACAGUACAGUACGUAGGGUACUUCGUACUCGUAGGUGUGGGAUUUGGGAUCUUGUUCAGUUCAUACGCUACCAUAGCACUGUACGGUACAGUACGCAGGGGUCAUAAAUUUAGAUGACCCCUGACAGUACGUACGUACGGCAGGAUAUGACUUACUGGCGUCUGAGCGUUGAGCGUCCUCUCUGAUCUGCAAGAAGACRCAAGACUGUCAAGUUUUCAUUCGACUACUCAGACUAGAUGUCAGAUGUGYGCACAUUGUUUCGCGCCCCAAUCAAAUUUUUGAAGGUAUCCAAUCUUUGGUACUACUUGUCAACACGUCAGCAGCACUGUGUCGAGAUCUCGAUGACGCACUUGUCUAAAAUCACGACAAGGAUGUUUGGCGUCAAACUUGGUGUUCGGGUCCGAUCCGAAAAAACGAUUUCGAUUUUGUGAUUCCCGGAAAAUCUCAAGUUUAGAUUUCAAAUUUCGCAGAAUUCGAAAUUCGAAAUUCGAAUCGUAUCAUGUGUAAAUCCUUCUCCGUAUGGAAGUACAUUCCAUCCGAACUAUCAGCAUGGGCCGCAUAGAAGAUCGACCAAAAGGGCUAUACGACACGGUUGGUAUGAUUCUCGCUUUCUUCGAAUGAUGCGAUCGAAUCUAUGGAAAGUGACGAUCCGGCGGGUCUCAUUCAGUUCGAAACGCGAAGAUACACUGCCGUAGCACGAGCAAGGUUGCGUGUCAUUGGCCGAAGRAGCAGAGUAAACUGAACUGAACGAUUGCAAACAAAACUGGAUUUUUGCUGCCAGUGCCAAAGCAGGACGUGCCUCUUCGAGGAAAGUGGCAGAUUAUCGACUGGAAGAACCAAAACUCGAAUGAAAAGAAAAGAUUUUUGUUUGCUCUUGGAUACGGUAAUCGUUGCACUUUCGGAUUGGCAUCCAUUGCGGUAUUKUCAACAUCCAUUGCGGUCAUGUCGGCAUACACAAUCGUAGAUCUCGGCUUCUUUGGGUUUUCUUCGCCCRGGGAUUCAAUCAUCGAAUAGUAUCACAUGGAUGGGUAUGGGAUUGGAUCGAAACGGAGACCCAGGAUAGCUGGCUGGGUUGRCAACGUGGCGGGCGGUAUGUAUCACCGGCUUCGACUACAYGGAAAACACUUGACGACCGAUAUUCGAGUCCUUUUGAAAUUAUGAUAGAGAUAAACUAUUGGGUGAUCCGUACCCUUGCUAUUGUCAUAUUUUUCCAAUCUUGCUCCAACUCAUCAGAAUACAUACGGAUCACACAAAGUAAUCUAACUGAGGAUGAGGAUCAGAGCAAAACUUGAGACCGAGGCUGAAAGUAGAGUACUUCAGUAAUCAAACAGAGGAGGAUGAGGCCAAGAGCGGAAGCUGGAGAACUCAUCCUCCUUUUUUUGAUUAUCGAAGACUGGCGGUGAGCUUGCCAUGGGUACCAUCUUACGGGCGAAACCUUUUUUUGGUUAAGGUAACAMUGGACACAGCAAUGCGAAGACAAGUUCGAGAAACAAAGUUAAUGUGCUAUCGCAAUUAAWAAAUGCURAAGUAAAGAAAUUACUGAUAGGACUUCAAUCAAACACUACUUCGAUGCAGCUUUCGAAGGCAAAGCUUCGAAUUCUUWAUGUUGUUAAAGCAGUGUGUCCUAUCGUAAACUUUCUGUCUUCGAGUCUAUCAAAUAGAGCAAAGCGAAGCCA